AUGUCAGAUGAGAAGGAAAUACAGGAAGAAAAGACAGGAAAUGAUGAAAUAAAGAUGGAGGAUGUAAAUACAGAAAAUGUUUCAGAAAAAAUGGAAGAAUCAACAGAAAUACCAGCUUCAUACAGAAAACAAAAAGACCGUACAUUAAGAGAGUUCCUUAAUAUGAUGGAUGAUUAUGCACCGAUUAUUCCGGAUGCGGUAACGGAUUAUUAUUUAAGUAUAGCAGGGUUUGAAUGUGAUGAUAUUCGAAUUAAGCGAUUACUUGCAUUAGCAGCACAAAAAUUUAUUGCUGAUAUUGCACAAGAUGCAUAUCAAUAUUCAUGUAUUAGAUCAUCAUCUAUGAUGAGUGCUGUUCUAUCAAAUCAAACAGGAUAUACAGGAAGUAUUAGAAAUCGCUAUGGAAAGGAAAAAGGAAAAACUGUACUAACAAUGGAAGAUUUAAGUGCAGCACUUCAUGAAUAUGGAAUAAAUAUGAAACAACCUGAUUUUUAUAGAUGA